UUGUGUUGUGUUUUGAAGGCCGCCGCGCUACGUGAUGGCGCCCCCGGGUUAGUGAGGCCUCGCGUCCGAGGUGGGCCGGACAGACCUGUGGAGCUUCGAAGGCCCCCGUUUGACGCAGACACUGCGGGCAGUGUUUGACGAUGGCCCUGAACUGUGCGUCUCUGUCGGCCGGCGACCAGCGGGACCGGGUGGCGUACCGUUGCUCCCAUGGCGACCUCAGCCCCUCGGCCCAGGCCUUGGCCAUGGUGUCCGGGGACAGCUUCCUGGUGGCCGGACCCGAGGCGGUGUAUCCGGGACCGCGUCCGACGGUGCGGCCGAGCGUGCGGACCGAAGGCCGGCGGGGCCCCGGGGUCGGCCGGGGUGCGGCCCGUCUUCUCCGGAACCGCCAGAACCGCUUCUCGCCGUACCCGACCCCGGGAGUCAAGCUCGACCUGCUCCGAACCGUGCUCCAGCAGCGCCUGAUCGCCUUCGGGAGCAUCAUCGCAGCCCGACUCGCCGUGUAGAGCCAAGCCCUUCCCCCUGUUAAGAGUUAGCUUGCGAACAAGGCCUCUCGCAAACCCUG